AUGGCCUCACGAUAUCUCCGAGAAUACAAGCUGGUCGUCGUCGGCGGCGGUGGUGUCGGUAAAUCCUGUCUCACCAUCCAAUUGAUCCAGAGCCAUUUCGUCGACGAAUAUGACCCUACAAUUGAAGACUCAUACAGAAAGCAAUGCGUUAUCGACGACGAGGUCGCCCUACUAGAUGUGCUCGACACCGCCGGCCAGGAGGAGUACUCCGCCAUGAGAGAACAGUACAUGCGAACCGGGGAGGGAUUCCUGCUCGUCUACUCCAUCACCUCCAGACAGUCGUUUGAAGAAAUCAUCACCUUCCAGCAGCAGAUACUCCGAGUCAAGGACAAGGACUACUUCCCCAUCAUCCUCGUAGGCAACAAGUGCGAUUUGGAAAAGGAGAGAGAAGUUUCACAAGAGGAUGGUGAAAAACUAGCACGGAGCUUCGGAUGCAAGUUCAUCGAGACAUCAGCCAAGUCACGCAUCAACGUCGACAACGCCUUUUACGAUAUCGUCAGAGAGAUCCGCCGAUACAACAAAGAGAUGUCGUCUUACUCCUCUGGCGGUGGUGGUUUCGGAUCCCGAGGUCCAGAGGGCAAGAUGGACGUCGACGACCAAGGCGAACAGGGCGGCUGCUGCGCCAAGUGCAUCAUCAUGUAA